GUCGUAGGGGCACGGCUGCUACAAGAGGAAGAAGACGCCAACGACCCAGCAUUGUACAUGUGGGACGGGAACGGUACCAAUGCUGAUGGCAGGUUGUGGUACCCCACAAAUUUUCUACAAGACGUAAUACCAAAACCUGUACAUUCUCACAACGACUACUGGCGCAAGGUGCCUCUCUACACGGCCCUUGGCCACGGGUGUACAGGCGUCGAGGCGGACGUGUGGCUCUUUGAUGAGCCAGAGCGCAGCGACACCCUCUACAUCGGCCACCAGGAGGCCGCCCUGCAACCAAACAGGACCUUUCAGUCCCUGUACAUACAACCUCUGGUCGACGUCCUGGAGCGCCAGAACCCCAAGACCGAGUUCUACGCCGAGAAGUACCGCGGCGUGUUCGACACCAACCCGGAGCAGACCCUCGUCCUUCUUGUGGACGUAAAGACAUCCGGGCCCUCCACAUGGGCCAAGGUCGUCGAGCAGCUCGAACCCCUCCGUCAGCGCGACUGGUUGACCUACUUUGCCAACGGCACAGUCCAUACGCGGCCCGUCACCGUUGUCGGCACGGGCAACACGCCCUUCGCUGACCUCAUCGCCAACGAGACAUACCGCGACUACUUCUUCGACGCGCCGCUGAACAAGCUAGCCUACUCUCAUUCAGUGUCCUCGGGCGCAGCGGCUGAUGACCAGUACGAUGUGACGAACUCAUACUAUGCGAGCGUGUCGUUCCGCGCGAGCAUCGGCAGCCCGUGGCUGGGAAACCUCGGCGCGGAGCAGAUGGAGCGCAUCCGCGAGCAGGUCAGGGCUGCGCACAAGAGGGGGCUCAAGGUGCGCUACUGGGACCUGCCGGCGUGGCCAGUGAGCGCGAGAAACCGCAUUUGGGAUCUAUUGGUGAAAGAAGGGGUGGACAUGCUCAACGCGGAUGACCUCAAGAGCGCUGCCAAGAGGGAAUGGCGGUACUAA